AUGGGUAACAACGACAUCGCACUUGGCAAUUUCCUGGGAGACACUAAAGCAGUAUUAAAUGGUUGUAAAGACCACUGGACCCUGCAGGACAGGACAGCCGUGCCCCUCCUUUAUGAGAUGACCAUAUGUGUGGACAUUCGUGUGGUCCUCCCUGGUGCUUGGGUGGCCUUCUCUUACCGCUCAGCCUUCGCACCCAGGCCCGAGUUAGGCCUGGAGGGAGAUGAAAGAGCACUAUAUGGAUGGCUACUAGGAGUGCGACACCGAUUUCCUCUCCAGCUGUCCCCAACGCAUUGGCACAGAGUGUGUCUAAGGAGGGAUAUAAAGGCCAAAACUUUUAGUCUAAAGGUUGAUGGGGACAUUAUAGCAGAGAGGACUGUCAUCGCUCAGGCCAUCCCCUCCCACGGCUCUCUGUGGAUGGGCUGUCGUCCCAGAGAUCCACCCCCAGGACCUAAUCUCGGAAAUGUGGAGCUGUACUUGUUCCGCAUGUGGGCAGACUUGGGUGCUCAUGGGCCCUGCGAGGACGGCACUGUGAUUGGCUGGAACGCCAAAUACUGGGGAGUGACCAGUCCCAGCGCAAGGCAAAUAGACCCCAGCCUUAUGUGUGACCACAAACGGUUGAAACGUGGGGCUCGUGCUUACAGAAGCAUUACUGAUGCAACUACACUGGGAGCUGGCCGGUCCCUGCUGCCUUCAUCUGACACUACAGCUUCGCCUCUGAACUCAAUCCUGCCCAUGAACACCAGUUCAGCUAAUCAGAUCUCAACAAGCACCCACAUACCGCCCGUCACAACUCCGGCAGCCAACCAAAGCACACCUGGAAGAUUAUUCACAUCAGGAUCCACCAGAUUAGUUCAUUGUGAUGUCCGUCAACUCUGUUCCAAUAACAGUGCUUACUAUUGGAUGCCCAUAAGUGUAGAGGGCAACAAGACUGAAGAAGAGGUCCAAAAUUUGGUGUCAAAAGCAUUUGGUUGUCACAAUGACAGUGUUGAUGCAGCAAAUGGAAAAACAGGCUCUUUGAAUUUCUGUCAGGGUGACAGACAACUUCAGGUAGUUGAAGUGUCCUGUAGUGCAAAAAGGAAUAUAAGCCAAACUGCCUGCAAUGUGGUGCUGCUGCUCAACCAUGCUGUCUCAGUGUGUGAACUUCAACAAGCUGGAGACGCUGCACUGCAGCAAGCUGGAGCACCAAUGCAAGCGAGAAUCAUAGGAGAGAUGGAGAGAGUCGGUCGAAAUCUGUGUAAGGAUGCAGAGCCCUCUAGUGGCGGUUUUGUGAGAUGCAAUUCCACGUCUUCUCUUGACGAUAUCUGUCAGUCAAAUAAAUCCUCCCCACUAACAUGCUUCCUCUUAGAGCCCAACUCUAACCCGGCUCCUAAAUUGAAGACAGACUCUUGUAGCAGGGAAAUGCCUCGCUUCUGUGAUUGCACAGCUUUCUGUAAUUCUACACGCCAAUUUUAUGCUUUUAGAAUCAAUGUUACUAGUGAAGCUGUUAACAUUCAGUCCCUAAAAAGCUUGUUACUAAGUCCUGCACUCCUCACAUGUCCCACAAAGCAACAGUGCAGUAAUUAUAAUAUUACAAAGCAAUAUCAGGGUGCUCAUAUAGAAUGUCAUGGGACAAACCAGAGGUUGUACAGCUGUAUGGUGAUAUUGGAGAUGUCUGGACCCGUCAAUGUUUGCUCCUUAAAAAAACUUUUGCAACAGAUCAUUGCGAGCAACAAUUUAUUUACAGCUGAAAGUUCGCUUACUCGCCUGAUGGUGUGUGGUGCUCCUGGUUUGCCUGUCCAGAGACUGUUGGAAUCCAACCUGACCUGGGUUGCCAGUGACCUGCGGAGCUCAGAUGUUUGUCAACCUGACCCUACACUACUUGCAUGUAAAGCAAGUGAGACACUUGCUGUUCUUCUGACUGACAGCUGCCCUUCAGACACUUCAGCUGUUCCAACCACAACACAACUUUCAACUCUGGCCAACGGCAUCACUGCAGCUAUGCAAUCUUUGACUGAUACCACCAAAUCGUUGACAAAUACAAGUGGAGAUAUUUAUGCAACAAUUGAAAAUACAGUGCAAAAAAAAGAAAACACAACAUUUUUUCAAACAACUGCCAGUGCAAAGUCCCCAUCAGCACAACCUAUUCUUCAGAAUAGCACACAAAUAGUUCCUUCAACUGUGUUUAAUAAAACAACAGUACAAAAUACUUUACCUAAUGAAACCCAACUAACCAACACCAUAACCAGUGCUUUCAUAGCAGUACACAACAGCACAACUGUUAUGCCUGAUUCAGUGCUUAAGAGUACUACACUCUCUAAAAUAACAAAUGCAUCUACACCAUCUCCUAAUCAAACUGUACAAAAUGCAACUACAACAGCAACAUCUCCAGAUCUUACAACAAUAUACAAUGUAACUACAGCCACGGCAUAUGCCAAAGAUUAUACAACAAAGACCAAUGUAGUUGCAGUUACACCCUCUCCCAUCAACAAUGUAACAUCUCCAGAUCUUGCAUACAAUGCAUAUACCACAAAUUAUACAACAAAGACCAAUUUAGUUGCAGUUACACCAUUUCCCACUGACAAUUUAACAUCUCAAGAUCCUGCAGCCAAUGCAUAUACUGACAAUUAUGUAACAAAGACCAAUAUAGAUACAGUUACACCCUUUCCCACUGACAAUGUAACAUCUCCAGGUCUUGCAACGGUUACGCCAUCUCCCAGUGGCACAACAGUGUACAAUGGACUCUAA